CGGCUAUGUUAUCUACAACUGACCAAAAUUUAGUGAUUCGGUGACAUCAUUCAGAAGAGAACCUUCAAGUGAAAACGGAAUAUCUCGGUAUUUUUCCUCGAUUUUCGAAAAGAAAACUUGUGAUACAAAUUCUGAAGAAAAAAGAAAAUUUAGAACAAAAGGAAAGCGUAAUUCAAAAUGAAAAUGCCACCACCACCAGCAACUGUGGACCGUGAGUCGCAGAUUUGUUGCAAAAUGUCGGGCCUGUUAAUUGGAGCCGCGGCACUUUUGGUUUUCGUGUUUGAUGUUGAUAGUCAUAUGGCGGAUGUACAGUGGGUAGACGCAGCAGAGAAAGUGAAUUAUGUGCGGCGUAGUAUUUGCAUUUUGGGUGUGCUGUUCUGGUACUAUGGUCUGCUUAGUGAACACUUAAAAUUCAUGCGAAUCACUUUCUUCGUGUUCAUGGUUGGAUUUAUUAUUCCGGCGUUUGUGUCAUUAUACCUGUGGAUUAGUUCAUUUGACUUUCACAUAAUCAAUUUAACCAUCGAAGGGUCUGAUUAUGACAGAAGACAGAAGAUAGAAGAAAAAAGCAUCUCAUACGUUGGAAAGCCUAUGUCUGAAUUGGAGAAUGCUUUGCUCGGAUUUUGCAGCUGGAUGGCAGUUAUCCAUUUCACCCUAUUCAUAACUCACUUAGUCGUAUACAAAUGCACUGUCGUGUACACUCCAUUUGAGAAGGACGAAGAAGAAACUGAGUUGACAACUUCGAAAACCGAUAUGAUAUUAUUUGACUCACACGCUUGAAUCUUGAAAGCCCAACUUGGUAUACACAGUCGAUAUAUUGACUUAGCAUUGCAGUAGUUGUAUUCAUGCUUUGCUUUUUUUUAUCAUGAAAAUAACAUUUAAUAAAACAGAUUUCGGUGUCACUGCAUCACUGAGUAGUACUUCAAUAUGUAUAGAGAAUUUUCGAUUUUUUUUUGUCUUUUUCGUACAUCAAAUUAGUUUUAGCGAUAGAAUUGUUGGUGGCACUACAGGAAUUGUUGGGUGAUUUUUCCUUCAUUUAAAAUGAAUUUUUUUUAUUCAAAUUUCAUUUUUUUGAACGAUUAAUUUUCUUGAAUUUUUAAUUUCAAUGAAAAAUUUGUAUUUCAAAGUUCUUUUCUGUAUUGAAAUGUGUAGUGGAAAACGCAAAGUUUGAGUUUGAAGAAAAA